AUGGUUACUACUUUUCUUAAACCUUUUCAACCUUCUCUUAAAUCUUCCUUUCCUUUGAUUCGGUCGCAAGGCAACAGAAGAGAUUCAUCAGAGUUCGUGGAAAAGCAGCAACAGCCGCUUCGGUUAUCCUUGAGGAAGUGGGUCAAUGGAACUUGUUCUACUGCAGUUUUUCCCCAAAUUGAUGGGUGCAGAUGGUUGGUAAAUUACCCAAAUAACUCUCCUAGAAAGGUGCAGGUUUAUGCAAGUGGACCUGGUCACUUUUAUCCCAAUUUGGAUACUCUUCCAGAAAGUGUGGAUUGGAGGUCGAAAGGAGCUAUAAUGAAAAUCAAAGAUCAAACUGACACUAAUUCUUGUACUGCUCAAACUUUAACCUCAUGUAUGGAGAGUUUGAUCUUCAUACAAACUGGUGAAAAGGUGAUAUUAUCUGCCAAAGAGAUUGUAGACUGCUGUGAAGAGUUCGAUUUUGAAGCAGGUUUAUAUGAUAUCAAGUCAGCCUAUGAUUACAUUGGCAACAACGGUGUGUGUUUAGAAGCGGAUUAUCCUUGGACUAAAUACUACAGUCCAUGUCGUUUUGAUGCUUUUAAUUCGAAGGAAAAAUUCUAUAUUGAUGGCUAUGCUACUGUCCCGGUGCAAGAUGAAAGCUGGAUGGAGCUUGCAAUAGCUCAACAGCCUGUUGCUGUUGAGCUAUGGUUGGUGAAAGAAGAUUACGAGAGUUACAAAGAGGGAAUUUAUUCCACAGAGUACAAGUUUGAAUAUGUAUUGCAUAUGAUGGCGGCAAUUGGAUACAAUAGUAAAGCAUGGAUUUUCCUAAACUCUAGAGGUGUUGGUUAUGGUGUGGAUGGGUAUAUGUACGUGAAACGGGGAAUGGAUUUUGAGCGCUACCCUGAAGGAAUAGGCAGGGUUUGCUUAAAUGUGACCUAUCCCAUCAUGUAA